GUAUGAAACACCAAUUUUACUUUCUUAUCGUCUAAAACCAAAUCAUCAACUAACUGACUACGAUCGCUCACAUUCAGUCCGACUCGCCGAAGAAACUUUCACCCUGUUUUCCUGCGCAAACGUCGCGACGAAAGACGGCAGAUUAAUUUGAUUUCAUGUUUAGCAACGUGAUUCGCGCCAAUGUCGACAGUGCUCAUGGCAGCGUUGUUGAGAGUGUGGAUCCCGGUCGUGUUGGCGUUUUUGCUCAUGGCAUCCGCAGCGUGGCUCCUGUUUUUCCAACGCACGGAUUUAUCGCAAGGCCUCAACGAAAAACUCGGCAAAAUCAAAGACGAAGACCUGGACGGCUUCUUCACCAAGUUGUACUGGUACCAGUUCCACGGCGGCUUCCUACCACUGCUUGUUCGCGACGCCCUCGACCUACUCCGCUACAGCUUCCUCGUCGCCAUAGCCUUGUUCAUCAUGAACUGUCUCGACCUCGACUGCCUGUCCCCGUACUUGGACAUUAAACGAGGGGCGGCCAAUUGGCUCCGGAAACGGCCGACGAUUUCAUCCGCCUUGCUGACACCGCGGGCCUGCCUCGAACAAGUGGCGGAGAGUGGCGGCAGUGCGGCGUGUUUAGCGGCGGCGUUCAUUUACUUUUGCUUCUUGGUCCUCCGCGCGUGUUACCACUUCGCACUCGGCUGGGAGUUGCGGGAAUAUUACAGAGAUACUCUGGGAAUAAUUGAUGAAGAUCUGGAUUUACUGGAAUGGAGGGACGUGGUGGAGCGGGUUCAAGCCGCGGCGGCACACGGCCGCCUCUGCUUCACUCGCUCCAUGCUUUUGACGGAAUUGGACAUGUGCAACGUGAUCCAGCGUCGAUCCAAUCUCCUGCUGAGCCUCGUGGAUGCGUCCGUUCUCGAAACUGUAUUCCACGUCCCACUGCUCGGCACUUACAUGUACAUGACUCAUGUUUUGUGGAUCAACUUGGAGCUGCUAUUUUUCGAUUUCCCCUUCUCCCCCUGGUGGCGCCACUCCCCGUUCCUGCGCGGCCGCCACUUGCAGCGCCCCUUUCGCGAUUCGCGACAACGAGCAAAGGCCGUGCGGUGGCUCAAGCGCCGCAUCCUCUGCUUCGUGGCGGCCAAUCUUCUCCUGGCGCCACUGCUACUCCUCUAUCGCGUCUGGGACACCAUUUGUGGAUGGCUAGAGACCAUGAAACGGAACCCCGGGGACAUGGCGUCGCGGAACUGGUCCGUGUUUGCAAACAGACUGCACCUCCGACACUUGAACGAGCUCGACCACGAGAUCAAUUACCGACUCAACUCGGCCUGUGAACCGGCUACGAUGUAUAUGCAGUGCUUUGACAGCCGAUCGCUGUCCGUGCAGUUCAUCCAGAUGAUAGCUUAUUUGAUGACAAGCGUGCUGGGAGUGUUGAUCCUACUUGUGCUCUACGACGAGUCGCUUCUCGUCAGCACCAGGGGGCUGGUAACACUCAUGAGCGUCAGCGGCACUGCACUGGCACUCCUCCGUGGACUCGUGGCGCCAGAGAAGGCCGUCAAGGCGCCUAAACGUUACAUGCGAUCCGCCAUGUUUUAUAUACACUACGCGCCGCUGAUCUCCGCGUUGAAAGCUCCUACGGCCCGAUCAGUGCGCAAAAACUUCGCCAGACUCUACGAGACCCAGUGGACUCGUCUUGAAGAGAAUCACGAUUCCCAACAGGCAACAAUUCUUACACGACUCCUGGCACCAAUACUGAACCCAGCCUUCCUCGCAUUCGAAGUCUACCCUAGAGCCGAACUCAUAGUGGACUUUUUGGCUAAGCAUACGGUAAAACGACCAGGGAUAGGAGACGUAUGUACGGCAGCAUUGUUUGAUCUGAAGUAUCACGGCAGUCCUAUGUGGUGGCCAAAAACAUUUUUCACGGAAGGAAACAGCGACGAUGCGACUAACUGGCCCCCACGAGUUGAAUUGUCUUUAUUGAGAUUCGCAGCGUGGAAUCAGAACUGGAGACCUCGACAAGGUUCCGUUCAAGCAAGAUUUCUCCAAGCUGUUCAACGCGAAUUUCUCGGCGAAGACAACGACAAGCAGCAGCAAACAGAAGAAUCCGAAUCGGUUUUGCCCACGUCGCAGAAAGGGGUAUUCAAAGAGCCCACUACGGAAAAAGUCCAACACAUGAACAUGAAAAGCAUUUGUGAUGGUCAACUGGAAAAACUAUGCUCGAAUCAUCAUGGUCAUAAAGGGUGCUUUCUUGUUCGCGACGAUGACACAGUCGACGAAGGGCAUGCAUACCUUGCCGAGGUUAUGAACGAACCAACGAAAGCUGCUCGAAAGAAGAAGCCAGAGGAAGAAAAGCGUUUUCUAAGCGAAGAAAACCUUGGAGAUGUCAUUCUUUUUUUGUACGACGUGUAUUGGCAUAAUCUUCAUGAGCAACAAAGGCGUCUCCGACGCGAGGGCGAAAGUAGCGAGACUAUAUCGGAAAGUAACAGCAGCAGUUCCUUGAUACAUGGCCAUGAAACGCGAGGAGAUACCCGUUUCCCAGCACGAAGAACUGACAUAGAUCUAGACAUACACACCACUCAACGGCGACCACCGGCGGUGCCGCUUACGGAAGCUUUGGAGAACAACUGACGAUUCCCAUGAAACAACAAAAUGAUGACUUUUUGCACAAUUUGAUUCCGAAUGCAAACUUGUGAAAAAAAAUUCACUCACCGUUCCGGAAGCUCAAGAAGGUUCUCCUACAUGAGGGGAGUGGUAUUGCCCUCCAGCUCAUAACAGCUUCACUUCUUACACAAUCGCUACAUCUACCAGCGCGCGAUGAUCAAUUCCGUUCCUCUUCUCGGAAGCCAUGACAUUGUUAUCAUGCUUCUUUAUCAUUUUACGAACUGCGGAAAUAAAAUACCAGGUGAGUGUGGCGCGAAAAUGUCCACGGAUUCAUCUCGCCACAGAAGCACGCCUCCUUUCUCGAGGACCGCAUUUACACGGUUGACUUACGUGCAAUUCCCUGGGCAUCAACGAAGAAGUUAAUCUACACAAUCACGACGAACACAUCUGAUCACACUCCCAAACGCACGGAACUUCGUCGCCAAUAAAUCUGCUUUCGCAAUUUAUAUCGCUUCAG